UUGCUCUCUCUCUCUCUCUCUCUGUAAAAUAUGGCUGACUUGGAUCAGUGUAGUUCUACUGAAACUGUUUUGGACUCUGAAGUACUUGAGGCAGAGAAUAACAUGAAUCACGAAUCGAAGCUUCAAUUCUCAGAAGAUGAGGAGACGCUUGUUGUAAUAAUGUUUAAUCUUGUUGGCGAGAGAUGGUCUCUAAUUGCUGGGAGAAUCCCUGGAAGAAUAGCCGAGGAAAUUGAGAAAUACUGGAAUUCAAGAUACUCCUCCAAAAGCGAAUGAAGCGUCCUUUAGAUCAAUUAAAGAAGGACAUAUUGUUGCGAUUAUACAAUUUGAAUGGCAUUUAAAAGUUUGGUGCUAGCUAGACAUGCAUGAAACUUGUAUGCAUGUGAUCAUGUUUAUGAUAUUGUUGCAUGCGCCUGCGACUCAAUUAAUUAUGUGGUGUUUAACGCGUCUUAUAAGGGUUAUA